AUGGCUUCUUCUCAAGAACAAGAAACACAAGGAUCAUCUACAUCAGUUGAUCAACCUCCAUUGUGGGACUUUGUGACUAAGCUCUAUAAACUUGCUGGAGCAGGAGGAUGUUGGAAGUUCAAGUGUAAUCUUUGCAGUGAAACCCGACAAGGAUCAUAUUCUAGAGUUAGAGCACAUUUUCUUGGCAUAAAAGGUAAUGGAAUUUCUAUUUGCAAGAAAGCAACAACAGCUGACAAACUUAACAUGACACAAUUAGAAGAUGAGUAUGAAAAGAAGAAAACCGAGUCACAAGCAAAAGAAGUCCAGUUGCCAUGUGAAGCUGGUGUUGGAUUUAAGAAAAGAAAAGGUAUUUCAACACCUAUUGAAAGAGCUUUUGGUGUUAAAAUUAGGGACCAACUGGAUCAAGAAAUAGCUAGAAUGUUUUAUACUGGAGGUUUACCUUUUAAUCUUGCAAGAAAUCCACACUAUGUCAGGGCUUUUCAUUUUGCUGCUAACAACAAAAUUGAUGGUUAUGUACCUCCUGGUUAUAAUAAGCUAAGAACAACAUUACUACAAAAAGAAAAAGAUAAUGUUCACAAGAUAUUGGAGCCACUUAGGUCUACAUGGAAAGAAAAAGGUGUGACUAUUGCAGUGAAUUGUUUUGGGGAAGUGAAAGAUAGAUUUUUUAUUGCUGAAUUGAUGAAGGAAGUCAUCAAUGAAAUUGGUCAUGAAAAUGUUGUGCAAAUCAUUACCGACAAUGCAGCAAAUUGUAAGGCGGCUGGAGAGAUUAUAGAGAGUCAGUUUCCUCACAUCUAUUGGACACCAUGUGUUGUUCAUACACUUAAUCUUGCUUUGAAGAACAUUUGUUCACCAAGGAAUGUGGAAACAAAUGAACUAACAUAUGAACAGUGUCGCUGGAUAAAAGAAGUUCAUGAAGAGGCGUUUGCAAUAAAAAAUUUCAUCAUGAACCAUAACAUGAGACUCUCUAUUUUCACCAAGUUUACUCCUCUUAGGUUGCUUUCUGUUGCUGACACUCACUUUGCCUCCAUCAUUGUGAUGCUUAAGAGAUUGAAACUUAUCAAAAGGGGUCUUCAAGCUAUGGUCAUAAGCGAAGAAUGGUCUUCUUAUAGAUGA